UCCCCCGUGGACCCUCCUGCCCGGCUCUGCUCCCCGUCCGGCCAUGGCGAGGUUCUGGGUCUGCGCGGCCGGGGCUGGCUUCCUCCUCGCGUUUCUGGCUCUGCACUCGCGUCUUUGCGGCUCUCCAGUUUUAAGGAAGUUUACUUUUCAAAUUUCCUGGAGAACUGAGAAGAUUCUUUACCGACUGGAUCUGGGUUGGCCUAAACAUCCCGAAUAUUUUACCGGAGUAACGUUUGGUGUUGCAGCUGACUCUCUCAGUGGGUUGGUUUAUGUAGCCCAAAGAGGGGAUAACAUCCCAAAGGUGUUAGUGUUCACAGAGGAUGGAUAUUUCCUACGAGCCUGGAAUUAUACAGUUGACACACCUCAUGGUAUAUUUGCAGCCAGUACACUGCACGAACAAUCCAUCUGGAUCACGGAUGUAGGAAGUGGAUCCUAUGGUCAUACUGUUAAAAAAUACAAUUCCUUUGGUGACCUUGUUCAAGUCUUGGGUACCCCAGGCAAAAAAGGUACUGGUUUGAAUCCCCUGCAGUUUGAUAGUCCUGCAGAACUGUAUGUGGAGGAUACAGGAGAUAUUUACAUUGUGGAUGGAGAUGGAGGAUUGAAUAACAGAUUGAUCAAACUGUCCCAAGAUUUCAUGAUCCUUUGGCUGCAUGGAGAAAAUGGGACAGGGCCUGCUAAAUUCAACAUACCUCACAGUGUCACAGUUGAUUCAGCUGGUCGGGUGUGGGUUGCCGACCGAGGAAAUAAGAGAAUUCAAGUGUUUGAUAAAGACACUGGGGAGUGGUUAGGAGCUUGGAAUAACUGUUUCACAGAAGAGGGGCCUUCUUCAGUCAGAUUUACUCCCGAUGGGAAGUACUUGAUGGUGGCCCAGCUGAACCUCAGCAGGCUCUCAAUCAUGGCAGCUCCCCCAGUGGGCAGCAUUGGGGCCUGUUCUGUGGUCAGCACAAUCCAGCUCGCAGAUGAAGUUCUGCCUCAUCUCUUAGAAGUCGACAGAAAGACUGGAGCAAUCUACGUAGCUGAAAUCGGAGCAAAACAAGUACAAAAAUACGUCCCUUUGAACAGCUGUGUUCCUUCAUCAGGUUCAUAAUGUUUGUUUUCUAGAGAAACAGAAAAUUUCAAGUGGCAAUUAAGAUUCUCAAAUUCAUUAAGUGCUUAGAAACAAUGUUCAAACACAGGAAUUUGUUUAUAUUUACCUGAUCUAGUAUCAGAAAGAUGUGUUUUUAUAUCAUUUUAAAAUCAUAUAGUUUGUUGCCAUCUUGGUACUUAAUUUGACUAAGUGCAUAAGGGUAUUUUAAUGAGAGAAAUGUUUUUUUAAAAAAAUGGAACUGAAAGAGGGACUAAGGUUGUACCCUUGUUAUGUGCCCCGACAGACUAAUUCACUUGCAGGAUAAUUUAUUGAAUUUCUUGUGAAACUUACAAACCUCCAGUUUAUUCUCCUUACAUGAAAUGAACUGUUUGAGAGAUGAUAGCUAAGGUGAGCGAUUGAUUGUUUUGAGUACCCCCCAAGUGCCAGGGCCUGACUAUCUAAAAAUGAAGAAGCUGUGAGUUGUCUGCCUCUGAAGUAGCUUACAGUCCAGUGGAGGGACAAGUGGGUACACAGUCACAGCACAGCGACAGCAGCAUGCCGGGGCAUUGGGACUUUGGGAAGGAAGAACACGGCACCUGACCAAGGGAUUCAGGGAGACUUUGCAAGGAUAUGAAUUUGAGCUGGCUUGAAAACUGAGGAGGAACUUACCAGGGCAUGAGGCAAAGAAGGGAUAAACAGUUAUAAACUUACGGGAACUUUGGUAGGCUUUGAGGCUUUUUAUAAAAGCUCAUCUUGGCUUUUGACCUUUAGCUUUGAUAUACUUAAUAUCAGUCUUUGAAUACAGGAAUAAAAUGACUGACGCCUAAGCACUUUACGGAAAGAGGUUUUAUGGGUAGUAGAGUGUUUUUUAAAGGUAGCAUUAAAAUUAGGACAUUUCCUUGGUGCUUUCUUCUUCUUUUUUUUUCAUGAACUUAGUUUAUUUCUAGCAUUUGCCUACCUCAAAGAUGUCUUAGAAUGAUUUACAUGGGGAUAUGCCAACCACCUUAAGCCCCUAAGCUUUAGAGAUGGAUGAUUUUCUGCCUUUCUGUUUCUACAUCAUUUUUCCCCUUGGUUUGAUUGUCACCUUCCAAUUUAAGAGUGCUUUUUUUCCGGUUCUAGUUUAUUCUAGGCGCUGGUGGAAGCUUGCGAGAUGACACGCUUUCCUAUCAUUUUUCCCCUUCCUGACAACUUCCCUCUGUAUCCCAGUGUUUACUGUAAAUCAGUAAGCAUGUGACAACUCUUGAGCUGUCUUUGCUUGUCACCCGUUAUGGCUGUAGUCGUGUUUUCCAGACCUGAAGGAACUCACACUUGUUUUGAUGCUUGGAUCAUAUCUUAAUGUGGUUAGGAAGGUAAGUCUACCAAUAGAAAACCCUACCCUGUAUUCCAAGGCCAUUGAUAAAUAUGUUUGUGCCACUGAUCAGACUCUGUGGCCUUGAACAAGUCACCUUAGUUUUCUCUUCCAUAAGAUGGGAGCAUCGUUGUCUUUCCACCUCCUUGAAUGCUGUGAGGAUCAGAUGUGCAACAGGUACAGAUGUACCCUUUGAAGCUGUAGCUCUGAGUAUGUUAGAGGCAUUUUAUUAGCAAAGGUCCAUUUUAGUGUGCUAUAUAACAAAUUACCAGGUUUGCCUUAAGUGUGGUUUAUAGCUUUUACAAAACCCAUCCUCAUAGACUUUAUGCAAUUUAGCUAAUAUGGUCAAUUGAUUUGGAUGAAACAAAGUAAUUAGAGGGUUUCUUUAGUUUUAAACCAAGAGAAUAAGUGCAAAUGCUUCUUUGAAGGAAUUAGAGUUAGGAAAACCGAUUUUGUCACUUCUAAGAUACUUUAUUUAACAUUGUUUUAUGCCAGUGUCUUAUAAAACUUUCUGAAGAUAUUUUUUAAUAUCUUGCUAAAAGUGUUUCUUUUAUAAGCAUGCUUGUAAUCAGAGUAUUUUUUCUUUUGAGUUAAUUGGUUAGAUGAAUGAGAAAUGUGUUUUCUACUCAAAAAAAUACAAAUUAAAAUUUGGAAAGAAGAGGCAACAUUGUCUCACUCUUUGAUUACAGAGUUUUAUUGUAUCGUCAUUAAAGCAGUAUAUAACUUUUUAUUCCACUGAAAGAUUUCAAUAAUCGUGAUUCACUGGUUGGACCUGAGAGAAUAUCCCCUCUUCAUACACAGGUAGGGUGUAAGCUGAUGCACAUGAGUAUUGCCAGAGCUGUCUGGAGAAUGUAAAGUGCACAUCUUCUUCUGAGGAGGUGGAUGGGUAGACUCACAGUGAUAAGUAGCUCAUUUUCUGUAUUUCUACAUUAGAAGCAGAACCUCUUUGUGCCUCUGCUUUUAGGUCAAUUUUUAGGGUAAGUGAAGGUGAGGAGUGUUCUAAGUGAGAAAACCAGCUGCUAUAGAUGUCUUUCCUGACCUCCUCCAUCAGAUUGGGUCUUUACAAAGGUAUAUCUAUCAGUCAGAGAAAGCUUAGAUGGAGUCUGGUAGCCUGAUGGCAAACAAAGGUUUGCCACAAAUUAUUAAAGAUUCUUGGAUUUGGAAGCAAGAUUGAUUGGAUAGGCAACAUUAAAAUGGGGAGUGCUCAUCAAAAUAAAUGGUAAUUAUACAAAUGUAUCUUAUUCAUUCAUCCAACAGAAAGUUAUGAGACACCAUACAUAUGAAGCACGUAGGCCAACAUCCCCUACCCUAGUAGUUCCCUACCCAGCUGGGAAAACAAGCCUCUUAAACCAUUGCCUUUUGGUACUUUCUAGGAGGUACCCUGUUGGCACUUGUGUUGGUUACAGCCAUGAUACAAAAGAGGGCAGUAGAGUUCUACCUAUGGUAAGCAUUUCUUGAAGUCAAGCAUGGGCAAUUCUUUAUACUUUGAUUUGUUUUUUAAUUGAAGCUAUCGUGUUAAACAUGAUUUUAAUUUUUCUGCGACUUGCUUACAUGUUGAGGAAAUUGGUUUAUAGGUGGCAUGUUCCAGAGGUUGUUAGAAAUGUCUACUGGUUAAUUGGACUUUUCCACAUUUAAAAAGAAAAUCUUUUUCAGUAGUUUAAUUGAUCAGCUAGAAGUGAAUUAACUCAUUUCAAACAAAAGUGAAACUACACUCUGAAUAUGUGAGUUUAAUUCAAUUUUUAAAAAUGAAUUUGUAUUAGCAGGGAAUUAUUCUCUUUUUCUUCCUAAUAGGUGUUUUUUAAAACAAUUUUGCCUUUAGUUGCUGAUUAUUUUACAAAUAAGAAAAAUGAGUUAUAUACAAAGAGGUUAAAUCAUUUUUCUACCAGACAUUUUAUCUAUAGAAUCCAUGAGUUAUAGAAUAAAUUAAUCCUCUAAAUACUAAAUGGCACAUAGAUACUCCUUUUGUAUGUAAGAACAGAAUAGAAUUUUGACAGUGAAAAGUAGUGCUUCUUUAAACUUUUGUCUCUUCCAUUGUAAACAUUGAAAUAAUAAUAUGAUUAAAUUAUUCUAUGUAAUUUGUAAAUAAAAGACAUUGUAACAUGUAACUAGCA